AUGGAAGAAAAGGAGAUGACGAAAGUGUUCUUAAAGACUCUUGAUACUUUUUAUUACGAGAGGAUGAUUGCAAGCGCUCCUACAGACUUUACUGACAUGGUAAACAUGGGAGUCCGUUUAGAGGAAGCAGUUCGAGAAGGACGUCUAGUUAGAGAAGGAAGUUCAUCUUCAAGCGGGGCAAAGAGGUACGGCGGUUUUAUGAAAAAGAAGGAACAAGAAACUAAUGCUGUGUCCUAUAAUCAUCCAAGAAGGAUCAAUUAUCCUUACCAUUCCCAACACCAACAUAUAGCAGCCGUGACUCCAGUAAUCACUUCCGCUCCAAUUCAAGUCCAAUACCCUCAGCAGCGUACCAAGCGCUUCCAACAGAAUACUCAGUAUCAGCAACAACAUCAACCUCAACAACAUCAACAUCAGUUACAACAACGUCCACCACAGCAACAAAGAAGAACCAAUUUUGAUGCAAUUCCAAUGUCAUAUGCAGAAUUGUAUCCAGCUUUGAUCACUAAAAACCUUGUGCAACCACGACCACGACCUCCUGUACCAGAAGUUCUACCUUGGUGGUACAAGCCAGAGGUAUCUUGUCCCUUUCAUCAGAAUGCUCCAGGUCAUGACUUAGACAACUGUUUUGCUUUAAAGUUGGAAGUACAGAAGUUGACAAGAGCAGGUAUCCUGACCUUCAAGAACAUGGGUCCCAAUGUGAAGGACAAUCCAAUGCCAAGUCAUGGUCCUUCAUCAGUGAAUAAUAUAGAAGUUUGUCUCAAUGAACAACGUGUUACGAAGAUAGAGGAGAUUCAGCAGUCUUUGGUUGAAAUUCAUUCUGUUUUAUGUGCUCAUGGUCUAUUCCAACAUGACCACCAGAUAUGUGGUACAUGUUCAGUCAAUUCAAGAGGUUGUAGAAAGAUUCAAGAUGAUUUGCAAGGCGUCCUUGAUCAGGGUUUGAUUCAGAUUUCUAGACAAGUGAGUUUUCCAGAAUCACAAGAACAAGAGGUGAAUGUCAUCAUUCCUUGCUUCAACAUUCCAGAGAAAGUAGAGAUAGCUUAUCAUCCGAGGGAGCCAGUGGUGAUUUUCCCUCCGGGCCCAAUGCCUUACACUUCAGAUAAAGCGGUCCCCUACCGCUAUGCAACAACUAUUAUUGAGAACGGUAAAGAGGUCGAGAUUAAAACCUUAGCCUCAGUUACCAAUAUCGCAGCAAAUAGCCGAAUGACGCGCAGUGGCCGCGUGUUCGCUCCGCCGGUUAUCCCAAGUAGAAAUGUUGAGAAUGAUCCAGUAGUCGUGGUACCAGUGACAAGAGAAGCAGAAGGAGAAGCACUACUGAAGGUGCUUGAUCAAGCCUUUGUAGAACAGGAUAUAACAGCAGAGCAGUUCAACAAUGUUGUAGGAAGCAUCACUUCAUGCAAUGGCUUAGGCUUUUGUGAUGAAGAACUGCCAGAAGAAGGAAAGAAUCACAACUUCGCUCUCCAUAUCUCAGCCAAUUUUCAAGGGGAUUCUUUGUCUAAUAUCCUAAUUGACACCGGUUCAUCUCUGAAUGUCAUGCCCAAGUCUACCUUGUUGAAGCUAAAGUAUAAAGGGGGGCGAAUGCGGCACAGUGGAAUUAUUGUGAAAGCGUUCGAUGGAUCAAGAAAAACAGUCAUUGGAGAAGUUGAUUUGCCUAUUGGUAUUGGACCACACGUAUUCCAGAUCAAUUUCCAGGUUAUGGACAUAGUGCCAGCUUAUAGCUGUCUGCUCGGACGCCCAUGGAUUCAUGAGGCGGGUGCCAUUACAUCCACGUUACACCAAAAGUUAAAGUUUGUCAAGAAUGGGCAAAUAGUGACGGUUAAUGGGGAGCAGGCUAUGCUGAUUAGCCACCUUUCAUCGUUUAGUGUGAUAGAAGUAGACGAGACGGCUGUUCAAACUCCAUUUCAGGCCCUGACCAUCGAUGAUUACAAGAAAAGUGAAGGUUCAAUCGCGUCAUUCAAAGACGCCCAGCAGAUUGCCAAGACACGUCCUACAGAAAUGUGGGGCAAGGUGAUAGAGUUGCCAGAAAACGUUAACCAUGCAGGAUUAGGCUUUGUUGAUGGAAAACAAGUGCAGACUUCAGUGGUGCGACCUUUCAAAGAUAUCUUUCACAGCGGUGGGUUUAUCAACAUGGUAGCAGUUGAAGAGGAUACUUUUGAGAAAAAGACAGAAGACGAAGGCCCCAGAUUUGUGACACCAGGAUGUGAGCCCCGGUGGGUGUAUGUUGUUAAGAGGGAUAUCCAGAAGAUGAUGGAUGAGAAUGUAAUCCAUAUUCAACAGUCGAGAGAUAUAGAUGAUGUGAAUGUAACCGUGCCUGUGUUUAAGACCCCUCAACGGGUGACCCGUAGUUGUCGUGUGUUUGGCCCGGUUUUCCCGAAAGAGGUAGAAAAUGUUGUAACAAGUAAGAAGGCAGAGAUUCCAGUAGCGAAUCCAGUUAGUACUUCAGUGUGUCGGUCUGGUGGAGAGAAGGCAAUAUUGGUAAGCCAUUUAUCAUCUUUUUCAUAUGUUGAAGCCGAGGAGGUGGUUGGAACUCCGCUCCAAGCCUUUUCUAUUGCUGAAGAAAAGAAACUCGGGGAACCCAUGUCUUCUUUAAAAGAUGCACAAAAGGUUAUUGAGGCUGGCAACAUUGAUUAG